AUGAGUCAGCCUCAACCUUUAAUACCCCAAGACGCUGAUAUUCCUGUAAAUUCGUCCUCCGAUAAUCUUACUGCUGAACAAAAAUAUGAAAAUUUAACUAAGGGUACAACAGAUUUGUUCAAUAGUGCACAAAAAACAGAAAAUCG